GAUCAAUGAAGAUCUGGCCUCUUCCUGUCUCGGAACAGCCAUGGCAAGUGGUAAGCCUAGACUUCAUCACUAGGCUACCAACUACCACGAGCGGACAUGACGCGAUCCUUGUCGUGAUUGACAAGUUCUCCAAAAUGGGACACUUCAUCACGACAAACACGACAGCACGCACCGAGGAGACAUCACAACUCUUUGUUCGCUGCAUCAUCUCACAACAUGGCAUUCCGACCACACUCAUCUCCGAUCGAGACCCUAAGUUCACCAAAAAAAUCUGGAAAGAACUGAUGUCUCUACUCGGGACCAAACUUGCCAUGUCAUCCGCCUACCAUCCGCAGACAGAUGGACAGAUCAAGCGCCUCAAACAAAUUGUGGAGCAACUCCUCCGCGCAGCCUGCAAGGACGACAUCUCCAAAUGGGACUUGCAUCUGCCCGUCCUGGAAUUUGUCUACAACAAUGCUACUCACGCCGCUACUGGACAGGCGCCGUUCUUCUUCUGUUACAGACGCCACCCACUCACACCUCAACAGCCAACCAUACCAGCCACAGAAUGAAGGGGAGUGUUGGAAAUGAUA